AUGAAAAAUAAAUUGAAUGGUGGAGAUGAGAAUCAUACCUCCUCCAAUGGAAACUUCACGGAAGAGGAUACAAUUUCAAGUACAAAAAAAGAUUUGGAUGGUGGAGAUGGGCAUCACACCUCCUUCGAUGGAAACUUCACGGAAGAGAAACGAAAAAAGGAAAAACCUCAAGAGAAACAAUGUGACUAUUUCAAUGGCAAUUGGGUUCAUGACAAGAGAGCUCCUUUGUAUAAUGGAACAACAUGUAGUGAUAUAAAGAAAAGUCAGAAUUGCAUCGUCAAUGGAAGACCUGACUCAAGCUACCUAUAUUGGAGAUGGAAACCAAGUGAGUGUGAUCUUCCAAUUUUUGAACCAAACACUUUUCUUAAACUCAUCAAAAACAUGAACAUAGCUUUUGUUGGAGACUCUUUAGCAAAUAACCAAAUAGAGUCCCUUAUUUGCUUAUUAUCCACUGUAUCAAGCCCUAAACGUGUCCACCAUAUAGGCUCUGAUGGAAGGUGGUACUUUCCUUCUUACAACGCAAACUUGACAGCCUAUUGGUCACCUUUUCUUGUGAAGGGUGAUCAAAGAAUAAAGGAUGGUCCACAAUAUAAUACAAUAUAUUUAGAUCAAGUAAAUCAGAUGUGGGCUAGGGAUAUAGAUCAAAUUGACUCGAUUGUGUUGUCAUUUGGUCAUUGGUUUACGGAUGUUCCUUCAAUUUACUAUGAGGGUGGUUCAAUUAUAGGUUGUUUUAGAUGUCAUGAAUUUAAAUUUAAUUAUACUGAUAUUGGAUUUUAUGUUCCAAUGAGAAAGGCUUUAAGGACUACCCUUAAUAGCAUAAUUGAGAAGAAAAUUGUAAGAGGGAAUGGAAUUGAUGUAAUUGUGAGAACAUACUCACCUACUCAUUUUGAAGGUGAUUGGGAUAAGGGUGGUACAUGUUCAAAGAGUGAGCCAUAUAAGAAUGAGGAGAAGAAACUUGAAGGAAUGGAUGCUAAGAUAAGAAGUAUUGAGAUAGAGGAAGCUGAAAAUGCUAAAGUAAAAGCUCAACAAAUUGGAUUAAAUUUGGAGGUGCUUGAUAUAACAAAGUUGGCAUUAUUGAGACCAGAUGGUCAUGCAGGAGCUUAUAUGAAUCCUUUUCCAUUUGCUAAAAGGGUUCCAAAGAAUGUACAAAAUGAUUGUGUUCAUUGGUGCUUGCCAGGACCUAUAGAUAUUUGGAAUGAGAUUUUUUUGCAGAUGAUGAAGAAUGGGAAGAAUCAUUCACUGAUUGAAAAGUGA